AUGGCGGCGCCAGGGGAAGAGCUGUGGUCCCAGCUUCCCCUUGUCUCCGAUGUCAUGAAGCAUCCUGCCUUUCCCACGGCGACCUGGCACCUGGAACCCACGCGCGCCGGGCUGCUGUCAGUGGCAGAAGGCCGCGGUGGUCCUUUGAAAGUAUCAUGGGCGAUCCAUGGCCAUGGGGCCGUCAAGCUAGUUUUCUUGAUGGGCCUGGGCUCAUUCCAGUCGGCCUGGCAGCGACAGACCCUGUACUUCGGUCACGAACACGGCGACAAGUACUCUGUGCUUACAAUCGACAAUCGCGGCAUGGGCGGCUCUGAUAAACCUCUAAUGCGCUAUUCAACCAGCGAGAUGGCAAAGGAUGCUAUUGAAGUCCUGGAGCAUAACGGCUGGCUCCCACCCGGCGUGCUCUCCCCUCAGUCACGGCACACCCAGCCUCCGCCGGAGCGGACACUACAUGUGCUGGGAAUCUCCAUGGGUGGCAUGAUCGCACAAGAGGUUGCAUGCCUUGUGCCCGAGCAUAUCAGAACGCUGAAUCUGCUGUGUACUGCUGCGGCGAUCGAAAACACCACCACUUUCUGGGAGAACAUGGUACAGCGCGCGCAAAUGUUGGUUCCGAAGAGUCUGGAAGCCAGUGUCAGGAGUAGCGCAGCAAAUAUGUUUCCACUACCCUACCUAAUGGGGACGGACGACAUUCACUUGCCCGAUCCCAGCGUAACGCCAAAGGUUCUGCCUCCCGGCGGCAAAGGUGGCCAAGGCGAGUAUUUGCAUUUUACCACCAAUUACGAGAGGUUCGUGGCAGGGGAGAUGCACAAGCGCCUUGACACCGAGGGUUUCACUACAAAGGGGUUCCUCCUCCAGCUCAUUGCCGCAGGUUGGCACCAUAAGAGCAGGGAACAGCUCAGGCAGAUGGCCGACAAGGUUGGGCGUGGCCGAAUUCUAGUCCUUCACGGAGAGGCCGACAGGAUGAUCUCCAUCCCCCACGGGAGAAAGCUGCUAGAAUUUCUCGGGGGAGAAGCGGGACCCGGGCUGAUGGGUGUCUUCGUUCCACACAUGGGGCAUGUACCCCCUUUGCAGCGCACCGACUGGUUCCAUGAGCUCAUUGAAGAGAGGAUACGGAAGGGCGAGGGGCUAGAUCGGCCAGGCGAAUAG